CAUUUGUUUUGACAGUUUCUUUUGUUGUUAAUGUGACCUGCUUGAGAUAUACAAAACAAAUUACAAAGCUAAAAUGAGUUCAGAGCAUUUCGAUCAAACAGAUGUAGUAAAUGUGUUCUUUCCUCUGCACCUCAGCGUCUUCGCUCCGCUACAAUGGCCUGUCAGUGGUGUAUUUCCUGUUUUUGCUCUCUUUGCCGCUGAUGCCGAACCCCAGCCCGACCACCAUGAACGGUGAGAGAAGUAAAACAGGUCUUUUCUUGCGGAAUAUCAUCUACACUAGUUUGACCUUCCUGACCCUGCAGUGCUUCAUGCAGAUCCCCUUCCUCUACAUCCUUCCAGAUGUUAGCGGCCCCUGGGAAGAUUUCCUCUACCAUUUGGGCAUUGUAAGAUUCAGCUCGGUUGACCCUGGGAACAUCUUGCGUCUUCUGGCCCCAGAUGUGGGCCUCCUCUUCUCCUCCCUCUUUGUACUAAGGCUGUGCAACAAACUUCUGCGCCCCGUUCACAAAGUCAAUGUGCAUGAGAACGGAGUACCGCCGUCUGACGCCGGGGAAGCGGAAACAUCUGAAUCAGACUCUGAGGAAGGAAGUGACACAGAGGGCUCGGACUUUGACAGCUCAGAUGAGACUACGGUGCCGGUUCAAUCGGGUCCGCCCCAGUUUGUCCAGAAAAUGAUUGUUUUUGCUGCCGGACUGCGGCUGCUAAUGGCAGCAAUCAUGAACACAGCAGGGCAAGUGGUGGCGACUUUACUGCUGGGGCUGGCAGGUAUCACGCUGCCAUCCCUCACCUCAGGUGUGUAUUUCGGGGUGUUUCUCUGUCUGGUGUGGUGCUGGGUGUUUAGCCGCUCCAUCAGCCUGCUACUCUUCAGCUCCCUGUGCGUGAUGAUGGCAAUCUUCAGUGGCGGACACCUGCUGGCUCUGUACCUCUACCAGCUGCCUCUGGCACAGCAGAUUGUGCCACCAGAAGACAUAUAUGCAAGGUUGUUUGGUAUGACAGGAGUGGUCAGGACCAACAGUUCAGAUCCGCACAUUCUUGGUCUGCACCCACAUGUCAGCUGGCCGGACUUCAUCAACCCUUUGGUUCUACUGCUGCUCUACUACACACUAGUGGCUCUGCUGCACAAAUGGGCCAACAUCAUAGAAGAGGUUUGUGAUGGAGGGAUGGAGGCUAGUUUCCAAGCUCUUCUAGUUACUGACGAUGACGAAGAGUGUAAGAGUCCAGUAGGAAGUCCACAGAUUCCUCCAAGCUUCUCCAGGGCCAUCUACAUCUCAGGAUACAAUCAGGAGCUUUUGAGCAGCACGGAUGAUGAAAUCGAUUUCCCGGGUUUAUUGACUGGCAGUUCCUGGCAAGAUGUCGAUGAAAAUGACCUCAGCUCUCUGUUAGGAGGGGCAGGGUAUACAAACUGUUUCCUUCCACCCCAGUACAAUGUCAAAGACUCAGCACCAGAUGAUACAGAAGUUGAGGAAGAAAUGGAAGAAACCUGUGAAGAGAACCUGAAGACUCUGACAGAGACCUCCCCUCCCCCCACAGGCCCCAGUGGCCUGGUAAUCUUUGGACUGCUUGUGCAAAAACACAGCUAUGUCAGCGCCCUUAUCAUCAUGAUGGUGUGGAGCAUCACCUACAACAGCUGGCUGACUUUUGCCCUGCUGGUGUGGUCCUGUAUCAUUUGGAUUAUGCGAGACCGGCGCCGCUACGCCAUGCUGUCCGCCCCGUUCCUGGCUGCCUACGGCACCGUGCUGCUGGUGCUGGGCUUCCUAAGCGGGCUGCGGCUGAGUCGGGCCGAGCUGUAUCCCGGGGUGCCCCCGACGGUGAUUAUGGACUUCGACCUGAACAGCUACCACCCUGCGCCCUGCGUCCACCUGGGAGCCAAGGUCUUCUACAGCUUCAGCUUUUGGUUGAUGUUUCGUCAGCAGCUAAAGGAGAGACAUGAGGAACAGACCUUAAAAGAGGAAUCUCUAGAUGAAGUCAAAGUCCUGCCACCGGAGGAGAGUCCGCCAUCCCCUAUAGCAGCGAUGCUGAUCUCAGGAGUGAAAGGGAUACUUGUGAAAUACUGGAUCCUCUUCUGCUGCUCCAUGUUCUUCGUGGUCAGCUUCUCUGGAAAGGUGGUCGUCUACAAGAUCCUCUACAUUGUCCUCUUCCUCUUCUGUGUUGUCCUCUAUCAGAUCCGUUACGACGUGUGGCGUCGGGUGCUGAAGACGUUCUGGGCGGUGGUGGUCGGUUACUCCAUGUUGGUGUUGAUAGCCAUCUACAUGUACCAGUUCAGAAGUGUGUCUGGUCUGUUCAGACAGAUUAUGGGCAUGUCGGAGGAAGGUCUUCGUGACCUGGGUUUGGAACGGUACGACAACGUGGAGCUGUUUGCGCGCAUCCUGCUUCCUGCUGUGUUUCUAUUGGCUUGUAUCCUCCAGCUGCACUACUUCAACUCAGACUUUAAGACUCUCACUGAUCUCGACAACGUACCUGUUAGACAGGCCUCCAGAGAAGAAGAGCUCAGGAGUUCAGUCAAUCUGAUUUCUGAGACCAUUAAAGGACUCAUUCAAAAGUUUCAUGACAGACUUGCAAAGGAGGAAAUUGGAAGUGGGAAAAGUCAGGAGACUCUGAACAGCAUUGGACUACAAUCCUGCUCAGAGAAAGGAGCUGGAGAGCCGGAGGAGACACCAGAGGAGGAAACUCCUGCCAGCAUUCGUGAGGACAAGUGGGUGGUGAUUGUGGAGCGGUCGAGCCUGCUGCUCAUUCAGGCUCUGUCAGGCCUCUACAGGCUCCAGGACCAGAGCUGGAGGCUGCUGGAACUCCACAGCCUCAAAAUCGUGUCCUCCGGCAUCAUCUGGGUGUCACUGCAAGAGGUCUCGCUGAUGAACUCGGUCUUCCUGAUUCUGUGGGCGUUUGCGCUUCCGUUCCCACGGUUACGACCGACGGCGUCCAGCGUUUCUGCGGUGUGGUCCUGCCUCAUGGUGGUGUGCAAGAUGUUUUACCAGCUCAAAGUCAUCAAACCCCUUGAUUACUCCUCCAACUGCACCGCUGGUCUGGUGCCGUCCAACAGCUCGGGACUGGAUGAUGGAGCGGAAGUGAGGGAGAACAUGGUGGAGCUGCUCAGGAGGUCUAUUCUCUACAUCGAGCCCGUAGACCCCAUCUACUGGUGUGGAGCGCUGCUUAAAUGUGAAGGCAGGAUCCUCCCCUGUCUCAGGAACCAUCUGCUGGUGCUCGGGCUGCUGGUGUUUGAGGCGACCGUCCAUCGGCAUCAGCUCUACUUCCGUCUCCAUAACGACCUAAAGUCCCCACCCUUCAGCAUCAUCUUUCAUGGCAUCACGAGGCAGCACCUGGAUCACGGCGUCGUGCCCUGCAUCAAGUACUUCAUCAACUUCUGCUUCUACAAAUUUGGACUGGAGAUUAGUUUAAUUGUGGCAGUCAACGUGAUCGGUCAGAGGAUGGAUUUCUAUGCCCUCCUCCAUUCCUGCGCCUUGUUGGCGGUUCUGUCACGGCGACGCAGGAAGGCCAUCGGGGAGGUGUGGCCUAAAUACUGCUGCUUUACUGCAGGGCUCAUGGUGCUGCAGUACCUGCUCUGCGUUGGCAUCCCUCCUGCUCUAUGUGCUGAUUACCCCUGGAGAUCUGCAGCACGACCUUUGACCUCUAAUAUUAUAAAGUGGUUUUACCUGCCCGACUUCGCCAUGACACCCAAUCCAUCUUUCAUAUUCUAUGACCACCUCCUGUUGCUCUGCUCGUCUCUGCAGUGGCUGGUGUUUGAGGAGGAGAACCGAGCAGUGGUGCGGCUGAUUGCCGGAGACAACGUUGAGAUCAGCCGCAGUCUGGAUCCUUGUUCCUUCAACCAGUUCAUACCCGUAGAUAACUUCCUCCACUGCAGGUGCUACCUCGACAUGGUGAAGGUGUUUGUGUUCAGCUACUUCUUCUGGCUGGUGCUGUGCCUCAUCUUCAUCACCGGCACCACGCGGAUCAACAUCUUCUGUCUGGGCUACCUGGUGGCCUGUUUCUACUUCAUGUUGUUUGGAAGCAGCGUGUUGAUGCAGCCUGUCAAAUACAUCCUGCGACUGUGGGACUGGCUCAUCGGAUACACCUGCUUUGUGAUUGCCAUGAAGAACCUGCUUUCUCUCGGUUCUUGUGCCUACCUGGACAGCCUGUUGAAGAACAGCUGCUGGUUCAUUCAGGCAUUCAGCAUGUUCUGCACCAUCAAAGACUACGACCUCCCUGCUCCUGACGCUGAGUGCGAGCUGCCAGAGGGUGAGGCCGGCAUCGUCUGGGAUGCGAUCUGUUUCACUGUCCUCUUGGCACAGAGGAGGGUCUUCCUCAGCUACUACUUCCUGUAUGUGGUGUCGGACCUCAAGUCGUCUAAGAUAUUGGCCUCCAGGGGCGCUGAGCUGUUUGAGGCCAGAGUGAAGAAGCAGAUAGCAGCCAGAUUGGAGCUGGAGAAGAAGUCUGUGGAGACACUGAAGAAACAGAUGGAGAAGAUCAAAUCUAAAGAGAAGACUGGGCCUAAAGCAGCAGGCAAACCAGCUAUCUCUGCUGAUCCGAAGCAGGAGGCACUGCCUAACACGAGUGAUGAUGAGAAGGCAAAGCAAGAUACUGGAAAAUGGUGGAAGCCUUGGGUGUCUCGACCUGGAGUGGAAAACAACUGUGGCUACCACCUGUUUGAAAGUGACAGCGAGGAGGAAGAGGAGGAAGUUAUAGAGAAGAAGGACGAGGUACCACCACCACCACAGAAGAAAACUGCUUUCCAGUUGGUCUACAACGCCUGGGUCAACAGCUCUAAGUCGACUCUGGAGGACCUGAAAAGGGAGAAGAAAUCACUACAGAGAGAAGAGACGAAGAGAGCAAAGAAAGAGCUGCAGAGACUGCAGGGCAUUGAAUCAACCGACUCCAGUGAUGAGGAACCGGAUGAAAGCAUUGUGGAGGAAGAGGAGGAAAAAGAAAACAUUCUGCAGCGCGUCAUUAGCAACUUGAAGUUCUUCGUGGUCUUCAUUCAGUACCUGCUUGACGACAUGACUGGGGGUCUGAACUCAUUCUGUAAAGAAACCCUGGAGAUCUCCACGGUGCUGCGUUUCGAGCGCGCGUUACUCAGCCAACAGCAGAAUAAGGGUAAAGAGGUGGGCCAGCACAGCGUGAAGCAGUUUUAUGAAAGCUGGAGGUCCCGUCAGAACACACUUUCAUCUCAAGACGAUAUCGAGGACUGCAUGCCCCCUCCCUCCUUGAAUGAUGUCCCCUCCUCGAAACAUUCCUAUGCCAAGCUCAAGAACCAAGCCUCCAAGAUGUCCUGGGGCAGCAGCGAUUCCAGCUGCGUGACAGAUGAGACGAUGCUCGGCUCCCGCCAGCCGACCCUGGAAGAGCUGGACGACCCUCCCGAUUUGUCGCCUGCACCUCACAAGAUCAGGCGGAGGCUCGUGAAAACAGCAAACAUUGACCUGCCCUCCUUUGAGUGUAUGGAACUUUCACCAAGCUGUGAAGCUGACGUCCCACAAAAGACAGACCACGAACAAGAAGAGGAGGAUGAGGAGGAGAUGGAGCGGGAGACGCAAUGUGAGCAAGAGCAAGAAGACACAGAGGUAGAGGAGCAACGAGGAGAGGAGUGUGAGGUGGAAAGGGAAGACCUGAAUGACGAAGCGCAGCAGAGAGAAGAAAAUGAAUGCGCUGAUUACUCAGAAUGCUCAUUGUUGGACAUCGGGGAGAGUGAUGGAGGGAAAAGCCUGGAGCUCAUAGAAUCUCUUAAACCCCUGAGUCAGGAAACGAGGAAUCUUACUGCCAGUGAGCUGCUGCUUAACAAUAUAUUUGAAAAUUAUGAGAUCUCGGAGUCCGACAAGUUUUUUUGUAGGUUGCCGAGGCCCCUGAAGCUGGUGAUUUCCCUCUAUAACACCAUGGUGUCCAAGUCAGAGUUGCUGUGCUACUUUGUCAUCAUCCUCAACCACAUCGUCACGGCUUCACUGCUCUCCCUCAUCCUGCCCAUUCUCAUCUUCCUCUGGGCCAUGCUGUCUGUGCCCCGACCAACCAAACGCUUCUGGAUGACUGCCAUUGUCUACACAGAGCUGACUGUCGUGGUGAAGUACUUUUCCCAGUUUGGUUUCUUCCCCUGGACCACCUCUGCCUACAGAGGCAUCAACGCUGAGCGGCCCUUUGCUAUGCCCAACAUCAUCGGGGUGGAGAAGAAAGACGGCUAUGUUCUUUUCGACCUCAUUCAGCUACUUGCUCUGUUUUUCCAUCGCUCUAUUCUCAAGUGCCACGGGCUGUGGGACAACAAAGAGGUCGAGAUGCCAGAUUUCUUUAAAAAGAUGAAGAAGAAAGUCGACAAGAAGAAGAUGGGCAGCAAAGAAAAAACUCAGCGCCGGCUGAAGUUCUCUUUAAAGGCAUCCACCAACUCCUUAUUCUGUCGAGGAAAGAGAGGCGACUCAGCAGAAUCUGAAGAGAUGAAGCCCAAGAAGCGGCAAAGCAGGAAGAAGGGACAGCAAAGAGAGAAGGCCCCGCUGACCAGGAAGGAGAGAAUUCGACAGCUGUUCAGAGAGAAGAUGCUCCAGGCCAAAGCUGCCAUCAUAGAAGUUGCCCUUCACAUUUACUUACCCAUCAGACAGUUCUUCUAUGACAUCAUCCACCCAGACUACAGUCCUGUCUGUGAUGUCUAUGCCCUCAUGUUUCUCAUCGAUGUGGUCAACUUCAUCGUCACUAUCUAUGGGUACUCGGCUUUUGGGAAAUAUGCUUCCGUAGCAGACAUCUCAGAGUCUCUCUCAGAGGACCAGGUCCCAGAGGCCUUCCUGGUCAUGCUGCUCAUGCAAUUCGGCACCAUGAUAGUGGACCGGGCUAUCUACCUGAAGAAGUCCCUCAUGGGAAAGUGUGUUUUCCAGGUGACGCUGGUGUUCGGCAUACACUUCUGGAUGUUCUUCAUCCUCCCCGGGGUCACGGAAAGGAGGUUCAACAGAAACUCUAUUGCUCAGCUCUGGUACUUUGUCAAGUGCAUCUACUUCGGCUUGUCUGCCUAUCAGAUCAAAUGUGGCUACCCAAACCAAAUCCUGGGAAACUUCCUCACCAAGAACUUCAACUUCUUGAACCUCUUCCUCUUCCAAGGGUUUCGCAUGGUUCCCUUCUUGACAGAGCUGAGGGCCGUGAUGGAUUGGGUUUGGACCGACACCACUCUGUCUCUCUCCAGUUGGAUUUGUGUUGAAGACAUCUAUGCAAACAUAUUCAUCCUCAAGUGCUCGAGGGAGUCCGAUAAAAAAUACCCCCACACUAAAGGGCAGAAGAAGAAGAAAGUGGUGAAAUAUGGGCAGGGAGGAUUCAUCAUCUUCGCGCUCAUCAGCAUCAUCUGGUUCCCGCUCCUCUUCAUGUCGCUGGUCCAGUCGGCUGCCGGAGUGACCAAUCAGCCGGUGGAAGUCUCUAUCCAGCUCAGCAUCGCAGGAUAUGAGCCUCUGUUCACCAUGACCGCUCAGGAGAAGAACUUGGUUCCGUAUACAGAAUCUGGAUUCAACCGACUCAUCAAGGUCUACGCGACCCAUCCAUCUGCUAUGCAGUUCAUAAUGAAAUAUGGGGCGGACGACAUUGUUGUUGCUAAGAUCAAGAGUGAUGCCAGUCUGCUGUGGAGCAUCAGCCCGGCUAGUCGAGCCGCCAUGAUCCAGGAGCUCAGCGACUCCUCUUAUAUAUACAUAACCUUACGCUGGAAGCUUGUCAGGGAUCCGGCCAUAUCCAUGGUGCCAGAGACGGUGGGCGAACACACUGUGAAGUAUGAGGACAAGGCCUUGAGGGAAGGGCUCGUCAACAUGCUGAACGGCAACAGCAGCAAACCUUUGAUCAUUGAUUCUCUGCUACCAAAGUUCCUCAAGGGUCCCAAAGGACCAGAGUCCAAAAUGGCAACCAGGAUGACAGUAGCGCACUCGGACCGGCCAGACCUCCAGGACCUGGCUUUCUUCAGGCCCAUGUCACUCCAACAGGUCACCGAAGGGCCAGACCAGUGGUGGGUGGUGGAGGAGUGCUCCCCUGUUCCCGCCUUUUCCAAACACAAGUGUCAAAGCAUCGAGAUGGUGGUGUUAAAUGACAAAGUCAGCCCCUCCAGCCUGGGCUUUCUGGCUGGUCACGGCAUCGUAGGCCUGUACAUGUCGGUGGUGCUGGUCGUCGGAAAGUUCGUCAGGGAGUUCUUCAACGGGAUCUCCAGGUCCAUCAUGUUUGAGGAGCUCCCGUGUGUGGACCGGGUCCUGAAGCUCUGCACGGACAUCUUUGUGGUCCGCGAGACGGGAGAGAUGGAGCUGGAGGAGACGCUCUUUGAGAAACUCAUCUUCCUCUACCGAUCGCCAGAGACAAUGGUCAAGAUGACCAGGGAAAAGAAGGACAGCUAGGGUUUGGUGGAGUACCGUCCGUUAGUACGGGACAUGGAGGGUGAAACGCCACCUGUGGAUGUGUUCACACGAAACUCUUCACUCAAAAUUGAUGUUUCAACAUGAGUGCAAUUAAAAUGUAAUUUGUUGCAAAUGGAGCAGCAGGGGGAACUUGUGAUUUACUAUCCAGUUUAAAUUCAGACCCCUGUUGAAGUGCUGAAAGCAGAGAUCAGUGUGCAUAUAACAAUAGAGCAAACUGUUUCUCAAACUAUAAGUAUUCAUAACAAAAACAAUUUCCCUGGUUUGCUUGUAGUUUUAGUUUAUUAAUCCGAGAUUCACUACUCAGACAUGUUAGUUUGUUUACGGACAUUGAUUAAAUGAAUGUUCCAUCUGCAUCUUACAAUACAAACAAUGACCUAUCAAAGUAAUUUAGAAGGGACUAAACAAGAACUGCAUUUAUUAAGUGCCUGCCACUUGUUAUUUGCUGUAGAGUACUUGUUUUCCAGUCCUCUGGGCAAUGCAUGCAUUUCUAAUGAUUUUGGAUUCAGAUCUUUACAGAACACAACACCCUGACCUCUGAAAGCAUCAAUGAAAGUUCAACAACCCAUUUAAAUACUCGUGGAUCAGCACACGUACAUCUGUAAAUACCAGGUUUCUGUACAUGACAUGUAUACUACUGUACCAAUUUAUUUAUACCAAAAUAAAAAUUGUUACAGACGAAUGUAUUAGUGUCUCAUUCUGCAGUGCUUUAAAUACUACUAGGUUCACCAGAAGACAAGAAUCCAAGGACACAAAAUUCAUUUUCAACAGCCAUCUUUAAUACAAUUUUAAAUUACAAAUGAAAGUACAAUAACUUCAUUCAGGUCAUCUUGAUGUCAUCCAUCUUUGUUUUGGUCUUGUCCUCGGUGUGCAGGACAGGACAAUGAAAGGACCUCACAACUCAAGUUACAACUAUACAUCACAGCUUCAAAUCC